AUGCGUAGGGCAAAGAUCGACCCACUUCCAUAUGAUUUUGAAGCACAGGAUGGCCGGAUUGCCGUCAAACAGGCUUACCGCCGUAAGGUCAAGUCCGAUGAGGUUCAAACCUUGGAUGUUUGUCGUCAAGUCGAGAUUCUUUCUCAGGAUGUGCUUGGCACCCAAUGGGCAUCGGCCCUUCUAUCACUAGUAUACGACUUCAUUGCUGACAACAUUCAGAAGCCUGAACUCAGUCAUCCACCCUUCGAAAUCCCACAGCUCCGUUAUGUCAAGGUAGCCCUUGCAACUAGCAUGCCACCAUCCGACAAAACAGAACAACAGGAGGCAUUCCUUCUAGAGGAGCUUGUCGACCCGGCCAUCGAGGGCAAGUGGCGGAAAUAUAUCAACAACGACUCUGCCAUCCCUAUUCCUUAUCGGCAUUUUGGUGACCAGCAAUGUGGAGAAUUCCUGGCAUUUUGUCAGCAUGUCCAGUACUGGAAGACGAGCAAGCUCGUUUUUGUUAGCGACUUCCAAGGUAUGUACAUUUCUAAUACUACAUUGAAAAUGAUCUCGGUUUUUUUACCUUUAUUUGAAUAG